AGUCUUUGGAAAUCACGUGGGAACCUAACCCUCCAGAACAGAAAAAAUUCUCAUCACAGCUAAUGAGUGGAGAUGUCCUGUUCACAACAAGUCAACUCACCAUCUCUUCCUCCAGGUCCUCUGAAAUCAAUUACAAAUGCUUUGUAAAAGACAAGAUUGAACUUCCCCCAGCUAUCUUCACAAACAAAUAUUGCAUCUGGCAACCUCAGAAGCCAGUUGAUGUUCAGAUCUUAACCCCCGGCUGUGGCAAACAGAGCUCAGUGGUCAAUGUGGAGCUGGUAUGCUUCUUGAGAAGCCUUAGUAGUGGAAAAGCUGAGGUGGAAUGGCUGAAGAAUGGAGUGAAGAUGCAAGAGAAACAAGAGGUGGCCUUGAGAGCCGUUGAAGGAAAGGGUAGUGGUUACUCCAGUUUUGCCCACCUGAACAUCAGCAAAGAGAGCUGGGACAAAGGGGACCUCUACACCUGUAAAGUGACUCGCCCGCCAGGCAGUCAAAACAUCACAGUGUACAAUGCCAGCAAAUGUCAAGUGUGCUACGGUUGCAUGAUUCAGCCCACCAUGUUUAUUACCAAGCCAUCUUACAGAAGCCUACUCAAUAAGUCAGCCGUCCUAGUCUGCACUGUGAUUUCUCCUAACCUUGAAAGCGCUCAGGUCACCUGGCUUGUGGAUGACAAGCCCAGCAGUGAGGGUGUGACUGGGAUGGUGAUGACGGAUGCUAACGGAAGUCAGAAGUUGAGAAGUAACCAUUCGGUGUCUUUGGAGCAAUGGACAAAGGGCACCAUCUUUGCCUGCAAAGUAACCGGAGGCUGCUUUGAAGAACGCACAGAAGCCAUCACCAUCAGGAAGGCUACUCGUAAAAAGCUGAGAUUACAUGGGCAUACUGAACCACGGCCAUUAUUGUUUGAGCCACUGCAUUCUAGACCACUUGAAGCUUCCCAGUGGUCUUCAAGGAUUGCCCCAGUUGCAGUAGUCAAGCCAGAAGAAAUGCAAGCGCCCUCCGUCAUCAUUUCCCGAGCCCCCCUAGAGAUUUCCCUCAAGAGCACCACUGCCCUCAUUCUCAUCUGUGAUGUGAGUGGAUUUUCCCCAGAGGAGAUUAGCAUCUCGUGGGAAAGAAAUAAUGUAUCCCUGGAUGAAAAACUGUACGAUAAUGGGAUCGCCACGGAGACAGCAAACGGGUACUCCAUUUAUAGCAUCUUAAAAAUCGGCAGAGAUGAACCGGGAGGAAAAGGAGGGAGCUACAGCUGUAUAGUCCACCAUCCUGCUUCUCAAACUCCGUACGUGGCCUAUGAAAAAGUACCCAUUGAUUUCCUGAAACCCACUUCUCCACGAGUGAUGGCAUUCCACACUUUUGAGGACAAGGGCUAUUCAAAACUUGUUUGCUUUGCUACCGGCUUCUACCCCAAAACCAUAGAUAUUCAGUGGAGCAUCAAAGGAGAGAAACUCAGUUCCAUCCCAAACUGUUCGUCUCCAGUGCCCCUCCCUGAUGGGACAUAUCAGAAGGACUGUAGUUUGACCAUCAGUGGAGAAGACUGGCAGAAUCCACAAACAUAUACAUGCACUGUGAAUCACCAUGCAACCAACUUUUUGUUUAAGAAAGAUGUGCAUUCUUCUGGAAUGGUGACAUCUCCAAGCAACAUGGAAGUGAUCAAGAUGCAACUGCCUUCCUUUGAAGAGCUCUUCACAAAUAGAAGUGCAUCUCUAACCUGCAUGGUGCCCCUCAUGAAUGCCAGUGCCAAUGCAACCUUCAGCUGGACAAUGGAUGGCAAACUGGCCAACAAUAAUUCAGUGACAAAUGAAGUCUUCCAAGAAAGCAACCACACUUCUUUGAUGUAUGGCCAAUUGCAGGUGAAUCUGAGUGAGUGGACCAGCACCACCCAAUUCACUUGUAGCAUCCAGAAUGGCCAAGGCGAAACAAAGACGAAGCAUUUUGACCGAAGGAAUGGGACUGUGAGACCCCCCAAAGUGGAUCUCCAGCGUCAGUCAUCCAGUGAAGACCUCAAUGUGACCCUACUGUGCAUAGCGAAAGAUUUCUAUCCAGAUGAAAUAUUUCUGAAGUGGGAAGAAGAGAACCAAGAGUUGUCCUUUAAAGGCCAUGACGCCCACGGCAUGAAAUGCGACCACGAGAAACAAACAUGUUCCUUGCUGAGCAUGCUCGAAAUCCCCACCAGCAAAUGGAUGAUGGGAGCCUCCUACAGAUGCCUUGUAGCUCACGUCUCUUCUGAAAACAUAAUCGCUAGAACAACUAAUUUCUUAACUGAUUCCUGGGAUUGUACCCUCAUGGGAACUGCCUUCUGUGACAUCCGCAACGAAAGCGAAGAUGAAUACAGUGAGCUAGAAGAAGCCAAUGGUGUCUGGAAUAAAGUUUUCACCUUCAUCGUUCUCUUCAUUGUGGCCAUAUUUUACGGCGGCCUAGUCACUUUCAUCAAGAGAGUCACAGGAAAUAAUAGAAAACAUCAGAGCAACUCAAAUAUAAAUGAAACCUUCAGCUACACAAAUGUAACUAACUUUGAGAAAAUCACAAUUGACAAAGAUAUUUUGGAUACUGACAGGAAAUUAAACUUAACUGUCAAGACAGCCCCAACUGUAUUCCCGCUGUCUCCUUGUAACCAAGAUAUCACCACCGCUUCCCUAGUUUCCAUCGGUUGUCUCAUCAAAGGCUACUUUCCUCAACCAGCCACAGUGCAGUGGAAUUCAGGCGCCAUCACCAGUGGGAUCCACAACUUCCCUCCGGUUUUGCUGGCAUCCGACCACUAUACUCACACCAGCCUGCUCACCAUCCCUGUCAGCCAGUGGCAAUCCCAGGCAUUCCAGUGCAAUGUCAACCAUGCAGCCACCAACACCAGAAUUAACAAAAUAAUUGAACGCCCUGUAAUCCGUAGUCCUGUGGGCCCCGAGGUCAAGGUGUUCCAUUCUUCAUGUGAUUCCAGAGACAGUGAUGAGCCCAUGCAGUUGUGGUGCCUCACUUCAGGUUUCUACCCCAAACAAGUGGGCAUUGAUUGGAAGGUGGGCAGUCGCUCUGGAUUGCUGCAUCCAUACAAUUAUCCCCCUUGGCAGAAUCCUGGCACGUAUACUUUCAGUACUGCCAGCGUGGUCAAUAUCACCCGAGCUGAUUGGCUGGAAGGAAAUAGUUAUUACUGCGAGGCAACCCAUGCAGCAUCACAAACCAAGGUGAAAGGCAAAGCCAGGAAAUGUGAAGAUGGAAGCAGUUGUCCCUCCGGUGAUAUUAAGGUGGAUAUUCUGCCCCCAAGACCAAAAGCCUUGUACAUUGAUAGAAAUAGCAAGAUCAGCUGUGUGGUGAGCAAUCUGCAAAAUGAACAGGGGUUGAAAUUCACCUGGUCUCGGGAGAAGAGUGGACACCUGACUCCUGACUUAAUGGAAACGAUAGAAGAAUCAAAUGGUGCUUACACUGUUGUCAGUCGCCUCAACGUCUUCUCUCAAGACUGGGACUCAGGAGAGACUUUCACCUGUGUGGUGGAACAUCCAACCUUUGUUUCCCCCGUCACAAAGAAAAUUUCCAAGACCAGAGGCAAACAUAGUGCACCCAAGGUCUAUGUCUUCCCUCCUCAUCAAGAUGAGCUCAACCCAAGCAGAAAAGUGUCGGUUACCUGCAUGCUAAAUUAUUUUGCCCCAUGUGACGCUGAUGUCCAGUGGCUGCAGAAUCACAAUCCCCUGUCAGAGGACAACUAUGUGAAUACUCCACCUAUGAAGAAUAAGCAUGAUGAUUCCUGCUUUCUCUUCAGCAAACUUACUAUCCCCAGGUCUGAUUGGGAAAACAGUGUAUUCACUUGUAUGGUGAUCCAUGAAAGCCUCCCCAUGAAGUUCACCCAGAGGAACAUCUCAAGAACCCAGGGGGUACUUGUGAUUGUGGAGAACGAUUACAGCUUUGAGAAAGAGGAAGAGCUGGAGCAUUUGUGGACCAUCCUUUUCAUUUUCUUCAUUCUCUUCCUCCUCAGCGUGUGUUAUAGUGCCACAAUAACACUGUUUAAA